UUCUUUUUCUUUUUGUUGCUUUCUACAUUCAUUCCACAUUCAUUAUUCUCUAAAUUCCUCUUUACUUUCCAAGUCUUUUUUUACCCUGCUGCCCAUUUGUGUAAUGAAACAGGUGUAUGAUGUUGUUCACCAAAACUAAUAUCACCAACACCACCAAGGCUCCCAAAUGGGUUAUCCUAGUCGUAUUUUGUCUCGCCCAGUUUAUUGAUGUCGCCAACCUGUCCGCUGUCAACAUUUCCUUGCCGACUAUCAAGACAGAGCUCCACUUCUCGGAGAACCAGCUGCCAUGGAUUGUCAAUGCAUUCACAUUGACCUUUGGAACUUUUUUGUUGAUUGGUGGCAAACUUGGUGACAAGUAUGGCCAUAAGCGCUUCUUCUUAAUAGGCCUCCUUUGGUUCUCGGUCUGGUCCUUGGUCUGUGGUCUGAGCCAGAGCGUCAUACUUUUAUGUAUCGCCCGUGCGAUGCAAGGGUUAGGCGCUGCUGCUACCAUCCCCAAUGCCUUGGCACUGAUUCAAUUCACUUACACCGAAGAAGUGGAGAAAUCGAGGGCACUCGCUGUGUUCUCAAGCAGCGGAGCAUUAGGGUUCGGCAUUGGUUUGGUUUUGGGUGGUGUCUUUACAGCGACCAUCGGCUGGAAAUAUAUUUUCUACAUAUCAGCUAUUAUGGGCGUAUUGGUUGCUGUGGUCGCAUUUUUUGUGAUUCCAGAGUCUAGUCCUGAACUACGUGCCAAUGUCAAAUUAGAUAUUGCUGGUGCCAUCACUAUUACUGUCGCUUUGCUUGCCAUUGUCUAUGGCAUCUCCGAUGGCCGUUGGUCGUCUGUUCCUGUGAUUAUCUCCCUUGUUUUGGGCAUACUUCUAUUGCUUGCCUUUGUUUGGAUUGAAAAGAAGGUUGUCUCGCCCAUGCUUCCCAUGUCAAUCUUCCGUACCCGUAUGUUUUCUGCGAUGUUAGUUGUGGGGGCACUGUACCAGACUUGGUAUUUAGUUUAUAACUUAUACUGCACCCUCAUCUUCCAGGAGGUGAUGGGCUAUGGAGCCUUGAACACCGCGUAUGCAUUCUUCCCUCUGGCUUUCCCAGGAUUAAUUUUAAACCCUUUAGCUGGUCAUCUGAUUCCGAAGGUUGGGGCCAAACCCUUGCUGAUGCUAGGAACUGGAUGUAUGGCAAUCUCUGCCGCGCUGUUUGCAGUCGCAGAUGCCGAUACAGGAUAUUGGCCUUUGCCAUUUCCCUCAAUGUGUAUUGGCGAAAUUGGUAUUGCAAUGACAUAUACCUCCGCCAUGGUAGCGGCCCUGACUAUGGCUAAGUCUGGCGAGCAUGGGCUUAAUAGCGCCGUAUUCUCGGUGGCUAUGCAGGCUGGUUCUGGUGUCGGGCUCGCCAUAACUAACGCGAUUUCUGAAGCUGUCAUCAACUCAACGGGAAGUCAUCUUAAAGGCUAUCAAGUUGGUUUAUGGGUGGGAUUUGCCGUUACGUUACUUUGCGUCCUGAUUACCUUAGUAUUUGUCCCCUCGAAGGCAACACUAGAAAGGAAAAGAUUGGCUAGGGCAGAGGCUGCUUCUGAGAGGGAAAGAGUCGAGGAUGGUGAAAAUAUAGAAGGCUAUAGAAACGACAUCGAGCAAUCGCCGGGGAAAGAGAAAAAGGAUCCUAUGCUCGAGACGUCUUUCCAGGUCUAAACUGGGGUUAGGGAUGAUAUGUUUUUUCAGGAAACUUUGUUGGCAUGAAGACUUUUUAAGGUCCACAUGAACGCGAGUUUCCUUUUUCUCAUCCCUAGUCUCCUUUGUACUUUAUCAUGUAUUUGUAUUAGUGUUCUCCUCGUUCACACACUGUAUAAAAUAUAAUUUGAU